AUGGACGACUCCAUGUACACGCACGACGAGCGGCAGUGGGACGGCCUGGAGGAGGCCAUGGCCCUAUCUGCCGUAGGGGACGUCGCUUUCCCCAAGCUGCAGAUGGUGGGCGUCGAGGAGGAGAGGAGGGAGGACCCGCCGGCCGCGUUCCAGCAGCUGCUGGGCCAGGGGUGGGGUUGGUCGUGCAUGGCAGACGAGAUGGCCGACGCCGUGGGCGUGAACUGGCGCCCGACGCCGCCGCGGUAUUCUGCCUAUGGAGCGAGGACUUCGGCGAUGGAGCAGCACAACCAGCUCAUCAUUGCGGCCAUGGACACCGCCAUGGACAACUACUCAUGGCGCCUGAUGCCGGCCCAGAACUCGUCCUUCUCACUCUCCAGCUACCCCAUACUGGCAACCCUGAGCGACCUGGACCAGAGCACGAUUUGCUCGCUGGCCAAGAUGGAGAGGGAGCCGCUGUCCUUCUUUGACGGUGGCGGCGGUUUCGACGACGACGAGUCGGCGGUGAAGCAGGAGAACCAGACGCUGCGGCCCUUCUUUGACGAGUGGCCCAAGGAUAGGGACUCGUGGCCGGAGUUGCAUGACCAUGGCGCCAACAGAAAUGCCAACGCCGCCUUCUCGGCCACCAAGAUGUCCAUCUCCAUCCCGGUGACCAGCUUCGACUUCUCCGCCACCGCCGGAUCCCGCUCGCCCAACGGUGUAUACUCCCGGUGA